AUGGUGGGAUUGGAGAGCUUUGGUAAUUUUUGACUCUCUUAGUCUUAUUAUGUAUGUUUUCUUUUCCCACAGGAAGCUUAUAAUCUUCUUUCUUUCAAAGGAUAAAACAUGCUUGUAAGAAAGUGGUGCACUAAUACCAGUUUAAAGGCCAACAGAAUUCAUGCACCCCCUUGGAGGAGUCCCCGGCCUUGGACUUGUACUUCCACAUGAACAGAAAUUUCCGUCUGGACAGUGACACUGUGCGUAUCAGUCCUGCAGGACGCACAAAAAUAUUGAUCAAGAAAUUGAGUAGGAAGAGUGUUCCUAUUUAGUCUCUCAAGCUAUUCCAGCAUCUCCAAACGUAUGGCUUCUCUUUACUGUCUCUAGAGAGAAUAAUGUGUCCUUCAGGAGCUAAUAUGAUGAAGUUAGCAGCUGCUUGGGGAAGGAACAUGAUUAUUCAGCAAGGUAUUAAGCUUUAGUAAACUUUGCAUCAUGACAGAAAUCCCCACUCCUGCAGAGAGAGAUUUCAGAAGAUCUCACUAUUUGUGUUCACAAGAUUAUUGCUCUACAAUCUACAUUAUACUCAUAAACAUCAGCAUUAUCCUGAAAUUCUUGUGUGGCAAAAAUGAGUCUCUGUAGAACAUACCAAAGAUGAAUAAGUCAUGGUUUGGUACUUAGACAGAUAUUUUAAUACAGGUUAGGAGGCAGAAAUUAGAAAAGGGAGAUGCUGAGCAUUCCCACAUUGGAAUUACUAAACUUGCAAAGCAAUGGGGGGACAAAGGAUAGUUUUACUAUCCUCCCUUUUGAAGUUACAAUGGAGGAAAACACUGAUUUAGGAAAACACUGUGUUGCAUACAAUAAAAACACACAUUAUUCAUGUAAAGGGAUUUGCUAAAACAAACUUAACAAAGUUAACCACUAGGUUUUUGGGAUUUUUUUUUUUUCAAAUAAAUGCAUUGUAUCUUUCUCUCCACUACCUACAAUACACAACCUUGGGUAAAAAUAUGCAUUUUUAAGAAAGAUACCAUCAGCACUGAGGUAUCUGAAAGAGGUUUGAGGUGCUGGGUAUAAGAAUGAGAUAGACAAACAACUACACAUCUUCCAAAGCCAAAUGUAUUUUUAGAUUGAAGGCUACUUGACAGAAUAAUUAAAAUAGCUCUCUAUCUUAGCAGAGGUUUAUGAUUAACAAGUAUGUUAUUUGUACAUUCUACCAAUGCCUGUUAAUGCCCACAUUUGGAUCUUCAAAUUUUCCACUGUGUACUUUUUGUCUGGAGAAAACCUUGGACUAGAGAUAAGACCAUUCCCAAAAACGUAUUUCUAGCAGCUCCCACAUCCAGUCAUCCACGCUGGGCUUGAGGCUGAAUCAAGACCAUGAAGUGUCUGCUGCUUCUCGCCUUCAUUGGGGUGGCUGUUGCCUUCCCCACCUCUGCUGAAGAUGAUGAUGACAAGAUUGUGGGAGGCUACACCUGUGCAAAGAAUGCUGUGCCCUAUCAGGUGUCCCUGAAUUCUGGAUAUCACUUCUGUGGAGGUUCCCUCAUCAGCAGCCAGUGGGUCGUGUCGGCUGCUCACUGCUACAAAUCUCGCAUCCAAGUGCAGCUUGGGAAACACAACCUGGAACUCACCGAAUCCACCCAGCAGUUCAUCAACUCUGCUAAAGUCAUCCGCCACUCUGGCUACAGCUCCUACACCCUGGACAAUGACAUCAUGCUCAUCAAGCUGUCCACCCCAGCCCAGCUCAACAGUGCUGUCCAGACCAUUCCUCUGCCCACCAGCUGCGCAGCCGCCGGCACCACCUGCCUGAUCUCUGGCUGGGGCAACACUCUCAGCAGUGGCUCUAACUACCCAGACGAACUGCAGUGCCUGAAGGCUCCAAUCCUCUCCGCCUCAGACUGCUCUGCUGCCUACCCUAGGCAAAUUACCACGAACAUGAUCUGCGUAGGAUUCCUGGAGGGAGGAAAAGACUCCUGCCAGGGAGACUCUGGUGGUCCCGUGGUCUGCAAUGGAGAGCUCCAGGGCAUUGUUUCCUGGGGUAUUGGAUGUGCCCAGAGGGGCUAUCCCGGAGUUUACACCAAGGUUUGCAACUACGUCUCCUGGAUCCAGUCCACCAUUGCCGCCAACUGA